ACAACCCACCACUAAAUCAUGUCCCUGCGCACCACAUCCAAACGGUAUGCCUGCAUUGCCACCAGCCAAAGGUCGCUUGCUGCUUGCCUUCCCCAGCUCUGCUGGCCUGCAGCCAUUCCUGCUGCUUCAGCCCUCUUGGCUUGUGUCAGCUGUCCCCUUCCCAAGGAACCUGGAAGGAAAAGAGGAAACUCCAGUCUCGCUGGUUUGUAAUGACAAUUCUACUCUAGGUGCUACUUUGCAAGAUAGCAGCAGGAGCAAGCAAGUCUGUACAGUGCAAUUGCUUGCAGGGGUGAUGACACCCUCCAUAACACCUUUUAUGGCAGGUCUGAGCCUAAUGCCAGCCAAAUCCACACCCAGCACGCUUAUUUCUCUCUUGGUGGCCACAGCUUUCCCACCGAAAGCCAAAACUGCUUUUUCCUCUCCAUGCUCUGUGUCACCUGAAAGCAAAUCGUCCAAACUUAGAGCCACUUCACCACCUCCCAGCUGCUGGCCCAAGUAUUUCUGUAAUAAGUGCCAGGCUUAGAACUGUCCAAGUAUAGAUGAAAGAUGAAAUAGCCAGUUCUGUCCCCUCUGAGUGAGGCUGCGCGUUGUGUGCGUCCUGCCACAUACAGAUGCAACAGACUCACCCCCACUACUUUCCAGUUCGAAAUUUCUUCUCCCACUUUAAAUUCACUUUGCCCCGGUUCUUCAGCAAAUCGCUUUUUACAUGGAGGUUCUUUGUUUCUUUUAGCGCAUUACUCACUUCUGCCUCCUAAAAAGCCAUGUCCCCAGGCUGACUUGGGCUGCAGGAGCUUUUGCUUUGCAGCACCUAUUGUUCUGCUAGGCAUCCAGCAUUGUCCUGCCCUGGAUGAUGGGUGAUAGAGUAAGGAUGGGGAGAUGAGUGAGGGCUGUGGGCUUGGUGCCUGGUGGAUGGAGCUAUGGGCAGCUGUGUGUCUUCUCUGCUGGCUCCUGGGGGAAAACAGGCAUACAGAAUGAGCUUGCUGCAACCCCACUGCUACAAGCAGGACCUGCUUAUGUCCCUUCCAUUUCUUGGUUGUGUUUCUAAGCGCACUUCCAAGCUCUGAAUGGAUGCAAUCCUUCUCCUGUUGUUGCAUGGACUUAGGAUCUGGGGCUUUGGAGAAGAAGUCAAGUCUUGGGUAGCGGGCAGUGCAGCAGAACAAUCACCCCACAACACAUGCCCACCCUGGUCUCAGGGCAGCCAAGGCGCCAGGGCUGCUGCUGGCACCGUCACUGUCCCCGUGGGCACCCAAAGCCACUCCCUGGGCUGUGCCUUUUCUCCCGUUCACGCCAAGCAGGCGGCAGUCCCACUGGGCGCAGCCUGUUUGUCACCACUGUGACUGUCUCACCCCCUUGGAGAUGGCCAUGCUGGCUCGGAGCGUUCUAGUGACGGGGUCCAACCGGGGCAUUGGGCUGGAGCUGGUGAGGCAGCUCGCUGCCAGCCCCCAACCGCCGCAGCACAUCUUUGCCACCUGCCGUGAUGCCACUGGUCCGAGAGGGAAGGCCCUGCAAGAAUUAGCUGCCCAGCACCCCAGCAUCAAGCUGCUCCAGCUAGACACGGUGGACUUGCCCAGCAUUCGCGGAGCCGUGCAGGCUGUGGAGUCUCAUCUGGAGGGCCAGGGCUUGAACCUGCUCAUCAACAACGCCGGCGUGGGCUCGCAGGCCACGCUGCAGUCUGUGGACGCGCAGGAGAUGCUCGCCACGUUUGCAGUCAACGUGGUGGGGCCCCUGCAGGUCGCCAAGGAAUUCCUGCCGCUCUUGGAGAAGGCGGCGAAGGAUGCAGGGACGGAGGGGCUGAGCUGCAGCAGGGCCGCCAUCAUCAAUGUGUCUUCCAAAGUGGGCUCCAUCGGGCUGUGUCUCAGGGUGCUGGAGGCCCCCAUGUACCCGUACCGUGUCAGCAAGGCUGCCCAGAACAUGGUGACCAGGUGCCUAGCUGCAGAACUCAGGGACAAGGGGAUCUUGUGUGCGGCGAUUCAUCCUGGCUGGGUGAAGACCGACAUGGGGACGGAGCAGGCACCCAUGACAGUGGAGCGCAGCAUGCAGGGCAUCCUGGAGGUGCUGGGCAGCCUUUCGCAGGAUACCUCUGGGGCCUUCCUCGACUGGGAAGGGAACCGCCUGCCCUGGUGAUGCCAGCUCAGCCCCCCCAUGUCACUCCUCCCCACUCAUGGACACGGGCAGCAGCUUCUCCACAUUCCCCUGCAUCCCAGCUCUGCAUCACUCUAUGUCCCCUCCACCCCCCAGACCUGAGCCCUCAUAGAGAACCCUGGCUGGACAGAUCCUACGCCCCUGCAUUGCCUGUGCUCCCCCCAGCCCUGGGCAGCCCACCUCUUUGGAAAUGGGUAUUGGCCCCAAUUCCUGUCCUUCCUGGAGGGGAUGUUUCCAGCAGUGACAACUGUCACUUGAGGGGACACCUGG